CAGCUUCACUUUUUAAACCCAUCAGAUGUGUUGACCUUAUUUGCGUUUUCCUCAGAUGAAGCCAGAUCUGCGGCCUCCAGUGGCGGCAGCACCUCUCGUAGCGCCAGCCGCAGGAAGAGGACCAGCUUCUCCAAGGAGCACGUGGAGCUCUUGAGGGCCACCUUCGAGACCGACCCGUACCCGGGAAUCAGCCUCAGAGAGAGCCUGUCCCAGACCACGGGCCUGCCGGAGUCCCGCAUACAGGUGUGGUUCCAGAACCGAAGAGCUCGCACACUGAAGUGUAAAGGAGCCAAGAAAGCGCUGUGGCAGCCGGACAGUCCGGGACACAACUCUUUCCACACAGCUGCCAGGGCGGGGGCUCUUCGGCCUCAUAGGCCCCCACCAGCCUACCCGUCCCAAGUGAAGCAGGAGGUGCAGGAGGGCAGCUAUUAUGGGCCGUGUCCCGCGGCCUUCUCCAACACCCCUGAGCAGGCUCACUUCAGCUCCCUGUUCGGCCUUCAGCAGGGGGGGCAUCUGGACAGCACCUCAAGCUCACCCCUGGGGGGCUACUGGCCUGGCAGCCAGAAUGGCCCGGUCUCCCCCCCGUGGGGAAAACCUUUGGAGACGAGCAGCUUCAGUUCCAACCAGCAAGCGUUCAUGUUUCCGGCAGAGCCGCAGAUGUACAUGACCUCCUCCACCCCCCACUCCUCCACCCCAGACACCCCUGACUCCGGAUACUGGGACGCCUGCUUGGAGAACAGCCCCUCAGCCGGGGGCCCGUUCUCCCAGCUGGAGGACUCCUGCAGCAGGGAGGACAGCAGGGACCCGGCGGUCCAACACGCCCCCCUGCCGGUGCUGUCCCUGCAGGAGAUCCUGUGGGAGCUGAACGAGAGCUGGCUGGGGGGUGAGGGGCUGGAGGGGUGCACAGCGGGAGCCGCUUCCUGAAGCUGAGCAUGGACUGUAGUUUCAGAAAACAUCUGCCUGAGGAAUCCAGAUCAAACAAUCACUGCCCCCCACCCCUGUAUUUAUUCAUCCUCUGAUUAUUUAAGACUAUUUAUGAUUUUCUGCACUUGUGUUCAAAUAAAAGUGGUUG